UGUCUAUCUGUCUAUCUGUCUAUCUGUCUAUCUGUCUAUCUGUCUAUCUGUCUAUCUGUCUGUCUGUCUGUCUGUCUGUCUGUCUGUCUGUCUGUCUGUCCGUCCGUCCAAAAACCCAAUACCGUCACACACACUCACAUUCUUAUGCCAAUAAUUGGCCAAUAUCAUCAGACAUCCCUAUUUUAACAUUUUCGGCUGUCAUACAAUGUUGACUCCUCAAUGUAGCCAUAUUGCAUUGAGCAUCCAGGAAAGAAGCACGCGUACCGCUUUUGCCGUUAUGCUGCCACCGUGUCCUAUUUCUUUCUAGCUCUGUGGUUAUCAUCACACUUUCUGUUUGCCAUCACCGAUGUGCUUCUCUGGUGACAUCACACAAAGGCCACAGAAAGAACUAAACACACCCGUGGAGGGAAUUGUUUGGACGCUCCCAUGCGACUUCACGCGUGACUGUGGUUCAAACUGUUUUUUCUCAUUAUUUCGGCUGACCUCCCCUCAGGGUGGUUUGAAUUUAAAUGUUCAACGGUAAUUGAUAUAUCAAUCCAGAUCAAUGAACCUGAUGAAGCCGCGGCUUGUUGCAGAAUUCAAGGAAAGGGCAAGCAAUGAUUGAUGCGAAAGAGCGAGUGAGACAUAGAAAACUAUUGCACCAUUCUGGGAUGUACUUGUUGGUGCUUACGUGCAAAAAAUAUGGAGCCCUAUCAUGCUUACCCUAAAGCCCUCUUUCCUUACAAGAGAAAACCAUCCUUAUCCCUUGUGUGAGUUUGUGUGUGCUCAUCUGUAUACAGUAGAAAAGAAUACGUCCUUAUUAGUCCCGCAAUGGAGAAAUUCAGCUCUGUGUGGGGCACGGUAAUAGUUUUCCACCUUUAUUGUCUUUAAAAGUAUCACACACUUGAAAUAUGAAAGUAAACACUUUCAUUUGGCUGACGGAGUGUUUUAGUAAUACUUUCUUGGUCCUUGUAUGGAGUGACAGCUUUGUGUUUUAAUAUACAGUAGAUCGCAGCGUUCCUUAGAGGUUACGAUCCGGGACCACCAGCAGAUGGUGGAAAUCAAAUUGAGACGCUCAAAAAACCCUCCUGCUAACUUGACGUUGACAUUCUCCUCCGAUUUCCGAUCAACAUUUGCAAUAAAAGUGACUGUUGCAUUAGAUUAGAUUUGAGUCCCUCCCUGUUUCUCUUAAAUUGCCAUUGUUCACCCAUCACACAAUCCAGGUUUGAGCCCUCCGUAUGCCUCUCACGCUUAUUAAACAUAUUUAAAUUACAAAAUGUGUAGGCACUCACAGCAACUAUGGUGCCUUCAAAGACCGCUGAACAAAAUGUGAAAUCUGGCUUGAUGGAAAAAAAUAACAACGAAGCAUAAAGACAUAAACGUGUAAAAAUAGUUUUUAAACAGUGGUACAUGUAUGCUGUGCGUUUUACCUGUAUUAUCACGUACUGUAUGUAUAAAUUACCGACUUAUGGUGAAUAAGAUGUUUUCUGCGAACAAAAAAAAUGCCUUUUUUUCGAGGAAAAAAAAAAUUGGGCCAAAAAUCUGAGAAUUUGCGGGGCCAUGAUUGCUGAAUCGCAAAUAAGCGGCUGUUCAGUUGUUUUGUCUCAUACUGGCGUAAAUAAAAAUACAUUGGAGUUUACAGACAUCCCAUAGCAUGAUGAGACAUACAGUAAGCUUUGCAUGUAUUUUGGUAUAAAAUGCCCCGAGAAUUGUCCCACUUUAAUGCAAAGCUCCGGCCUUUGGACCAAACAAAGCACUUCCUGUAUUAACCAUGUACAUAUGGACGUGCGAUGUGGAUUAUUUUCUUUCUAAAUUUCAUUCUAGAGGCUUUUGUAAUGCCGUUGUGUGUAGUCUGAAUAGAUUUAGAAAUGCCUAAUGGUGUGAACGGGAUGUUUGUUUGGGGAUAGAGGAUUUGAUUUUCUCCUCCAUUCAGCGCCAGCGAGGCCUACGCAACAAGACAGAAGGUGAUAGAGACCCAGUGUGUAUAGCGCUGUGUGUGUGCGUGUGUGUGCUUGUGUGUGUGUGUGUGUGCUUAGCGUGAAAAUGAAACACUGGUAGUUUGUCUUCAGUGAGUGGGUUUGUGUGGCUGUGUCUCAGAAAGGGAGACGGCGGAGAGAGAACGCUGCUGUGUGACUUGUUCAUUAUUGGAGCCGCCGUUAGCCAAGCUGCCAUCCUGACACCGACAUUUUAAUUACAUUGAGUGAGACUCAUUCUCCCCUGUCACCUUUUGGAAUUUUUUUUUCCUUUUGUUUUUUUGCCUUAUCUGUAGCUCUCACUCUUGGUUUAUGUGAACAUGUCUGUCUGUCACCACCUACUUUGGACACCAACUCUGCCUUUCAACGAGUGCAACCUGGACUUGUAUCAGCUACCGAGACUCAGUCAAGAUUUUCUGUUAAGUUUCCCAGGUUGCACUGCUGCACCUGUCACUGUCGCACCGAUGGUCCCACAUUGAAAUCUGAAGACUCAAGGAGAAAAGUCAGAAGAAAGGAAUGAGUUAAAACAAGCUGAAACAACCUUUUGCCAUGGCCAGCAAUAUUGUUUCUGUGAUCCUGUGAUCACACCUUUUUACUUCACGUCGUCUCACUAAACGGGCCAAGAUGAUGCUGUGGCUCCUGCUCCUUUCCAUUUGGGUGGCACCUGAGCAAAGCGACUCCGCCCAGUCCAAUGAACGGCGAGUUGUAGCCCACAUUCCUGGGGACAUCAUCAUCGGAGCGCUUUUCUCUGUGCAUCAUCAGCCUCCUGCAGACAAGGUCCAUGAGCGUAAGUGCGGUGCGGUUCGAGAGCAGUAUGGCAUCCAGAGGGUGGAGGCGAUGAUGCACACACUGGACCGCAUCAACGCAGACCCUCACAUCCUUCCCAACAUCACCCUUGGCUGUGAGAUCCGCGACUCCUGUUGGCACUCCGCUGUGGCUCUGGAGCAGAGUAUCGAGUUCAUUCGGGAUUCGCUGGUAUCCUCGGAUGAGGCAGAGGAGUGGGGUGGAGGAAGCCCCUGGGGGGGAGGAGGAGGGGGCGGAUCAAUGAAGUGUGCAGACCCCUCUGCCACUCCCAUGCGAGGGAAAAAACCCAUUGUGGGUUUAAUUGGGCCAGGAUCGAGCUCAGUGGCCAUCCAAGUCCAGAAUCUUCUGCAGCUGUUCAACAUACCACAAAUUGCCUACUCUGCCACUAGCAUGGAUCUUAGCGAUAAGAGCCUGUACAAGUACUUCAUGCGGGUGGUGCCGUCAGAUGCCCAGCAGGCGAGGGCGAUGGUGGACAUAGUCAAGAGAUACAACUGGAGCUAUGUUUCUGCCAUAAACACUGAAGGCAACUAUGGCGAGAGUGGGAUGGAAGCAUUCAAAGACAUGGCAGCCAAAGAGGGCAUUUGCAUCGCUCACUCUGGCAAAAUAUGGAGCAAUGCUGGAGAGCAAAGCUUCGACCGACUGGUGGAGAGGCUGCGGGCCCACCUGCCCAAGGCCAGGGUGGUAGCAUGUUUCUGUGAGGGCAUGACCGUCCGCAAUAUCCUCAUGGCUAUGAGGCGCCAGGCACUGGUGGGAGAGUUUCUUCUUGUCGGCAGUGAUGGAUGGGCAGACAGGUAUGAUGUGACAGACGGUUACGUGAAGGAAGCUGCUGGUGGAAUAACGAUCAAACUUCAGUCUGCUGACGUCAAGUGGUUUGACGACUACUACCUUAAACUUCGCCCUGAGAACAACCACAGGAACCCCUGGUUUACUGAAUUUUGGCAGCAUCGCUUCCACUGUCGACUGAAGGGCCAUCCACAGGAGAACAACAAGUACAACCGCACCUGUAGCAAGCGUGAGUCUCUCCGGCAGCAGUAUGCCCAGGACACCAAGAUGGGGUUUGUCAUCAAUGCCAUUUAUUCUAUGGCAUAUGGCCUGCAUAAUAUGCAACGGGCACUGUGUCCAGGAUAUCAGGGCCUGUGUGAUACCAUGAGGCCUAUUGAUGGCGCCACACUGCUGGACUUCCUUAUGAAAACUAACUUUACUGGAGUGUCUGGGGAAGGAAUCCUCUUUGAUGCAAAUGGAGACUCACCUGGCAGGUAUGAAAUAAUGAACUUUAAGAAGAUGGGGAAAGACUACUAUGAUUACAUUAAUGUGGGAAGCUGGGACAAUAGUGGAUUGAAGAUAGAUGAUGACGAAAUCUGGUCGAGCAAGGACACAGUCAUCAAGUCAGUUUGCAGCGAACCCUGCGAUAAGGGUCAGAUUAAGGUGAUCCGUAAAGGUGAGGUGAGCUGCUGCUGGACGUGCACUCCCUGUAAAGAAAACGAGUUUGUGUUUGACGAGUACACCUGCCGAGCUUGUGACCUGGGCUCCUGGCCUACUGAUGACCUCACAGGAUGUGAUCCGAUCCCAGUGGAGUACCUGAGAUGGGGGGACCCCGAGCCCAUUGCUGCUGUGGUGUUUGCCUGCCUUGGACUCAUGGCCACAUUCUUUGUCACUGCUGUCUUCAUCAGGUUCAGGGACACCCCUGUCGUGAAAUCCUCCAGCAGAGAGCUAUGCUACAUAAUACUGGCAGGCAUCUGCUUGGGGUACCUGUGUACCUUCAGCCUCAUCGCCAAACCACAUGUCAUCCAUUGCUACCUCCAACGUUUGGGAAUCGGUCUGUCACCUGCCAUGAGCUACUCUGCGCUGGUCACUAAGACUAACCGCAUUGCACGGAUCCUGGCCGGCAGCAAGAAGAAAAUUUGUACCAAGAAGCCUCGUUUCAUGUCUGCCUGUGCCCAGCUCAUCAUUGCCUUCCUGCUCAUACUGCUACAGCUCGGCAUCAUUGUAGCUCUCUUCCUCAUGGAGCCCCCACAGGUGAUCCAUGACUAUCCCAGCAUACGCCAAGUCAACCUCAUAUGCAACACCACUAACUUGGGUGUGGUCGCCCCUCUGGGAUACAAUGGCCUGCUCAUCCUCAGCUGUACCUUCUAUGCCUUCAAGACCCGCAACGUUCCUGCUAAUUUCAAUGAGGCAAAGUACAUUGCAUUUACCAUGUACACCACCUGCAUUAUUUGGCUGGCCUUUGUUCCCAUCUACUUUGGCUCCAAUUACAAAAUUAUCACCAUGUGCUUCAGUGUCAGCCUCAGCGCCACAGUGGCCCUUUGCUGCAUGUUCGUACCGAAGGUAUACAUCAUACUGGCCAAACCAGAGCGUAAUGUGCGCAGUGCCUUUACCACCAGUACUGUGGUACGCAUGCACGUGGGAGAUGGAAAGUCCUCCUCAGCCGCUAGCCGCUCCUCUAGUCUGGUUAACCUGUGGAAACGCAGAGGCUCCACUGCCGAGACUCUCAGCUCUAACGGCAAGUCGGUGUCCUGGGCGCAGACUGAGCGAAACAGUUCACACGGGAACCACUUGUGGCAGCGUCUGUCCUUCCACAUCAAGAAGAAGGAGAACAACCAGACUGCUGUCAUCAAGCCCUUCUCUAAGACCUCUGGGGAGCGUUACUGUGGAGGGGCCAACCUGCCUCCACACAUGCCUCUUCCCUCCCUGCCCUCCAUUUCCUCCCUGCCUUCUCAUAGUGACACCGGUGGCGACAAGAACCUCUAUGAGCUCUCUGAAGCCGAGGAGAGGUGCUCCCUCACUUAUCCUCCACAAACCCCUUCCCCAAUCAGCACGGUAAGCCAGAGACUGGGCCCAGAUUUGGAGGAGGAACCUCAGGUCACAGGUGUAGCCAAAUAUCCCAGCAGCAUUUGCAGCCAGAGCAGCGGCAGCAGUUGUGGUCCUGUCAGCAGCGGCUCAGGUGUGGCCGGGAGUGAUGGUCGCCUGGUCAUCUUGGAAGGUCGACCAGUGGCGUGCCAAAGCAACCUGAUGGAGCAGAUCAGCUGUGUGGUGAACCGCUUCACCGCCAACAUAAGCGAGCUCAACACCAUGAUGCUGCUAUCCUCUCCGACGCACCCCCACAUACACAAACACUCGCCACCGCCGCCUCACCCCGCCGAUCCCUAUCUGCUCCCGCAUGAUCUCCACACGCCUCCUACUCUCACAACAUAUGCCGAAGUCCAGGCCCACCCCCUCGGUGAGUCAAGUUUGGGUCGCCGGAGCGGUUGUCCCAUUCACCCUUACCCUCUUCCACCUCCUCACCCUCAGUCCUCCCCUUCUCUCUCCCCCAUGCGAGGAGGCCUCGUUACCUGCCUCAUGGACUCUCCGCUGAGGAGGGUGGAGUUGGAUGAGGAGCUUAUUGCUUUAACUCCUCCGUCGCCCUUCCGGGACUCUCUGGCAUCCAGCAGUAGCUCAGCUGUGUCUGACAUAGAUCUGUGUCUCCCUCCAGUCCCCUCCCAUCCUCCUCCGUCGCCCCCGUCACCCAGGUACAGUAGACUAACUCUAAGAAACUACAGCCAGAGUUCCUCCUCACUGUGAGGCAGACAUGCUGUGAAGGAAGAGGAUCACGUCAACAAAAGGAGAGUGGAUGGAUGGACUCGAAUCCAUUCAUCCGCACGGGGUGUGAAAGCUUUGUGUUUACAUGCGUGCAGUGAGAGAUUUUCAUAGUGGCGUUAAUCACAAGAAGGGAAAAUGGCCACAACAUAAAUGUGUGGUGUUAGGUUUAGAUUGUGGCCUUGAGCUAACAUGGCUGUCAGCUAAUUAGACAUAGCGAUUGUGCACUUGUGUGAGUAUACAUAGGUAUGCCUUCAUGGAUAUGUUUUAUGGAUUGAAAGGACAGGUCAGACGCGCCAGGGAAGUGCUUGCAGACAAGCUCCGAAGCUCCCAAGGGCACAUACGGUUGACGAGUUGGUGGAUCGGCUGUGCACCAGUCAAACACGCACAGCUUGCGCUUACGGACGCACACAAGAAAUGAAAGUGUAAAUAUUGAUCAAGUAUUGGGUUGCGGGAGUUCGUUUUGGUUAACGAAUAAAGCAGGGGGCUGCCUUGCCGAUUUUCAAAACGUAAGCAUUUUUGGAUCAGCCAUAAAAAACUGUUUAUUCUGUUUGUCCAUCAAACUUUUUCACUUUGAAAGAUAGGGACCAAAAAAGGUGAACAAGCUUUGGUUGACCACAUUCAAUAUUUCACUUGUUACUAAAUGACAAACAUACUAAUACUUUUUCAUCAAAGGUAAAUAGAAAAACAGUCACAGUAUGUAUGACUACAGAAACUGUGUUAGCACUCACUGUGUUGUGCAAUGUGUGCGCAAACAUUCCGAUUUAGAUGUCCGGUUUUUCAACUGUACACUCAUGGCCGCAAACAUUUUAGGAGUGAAUUAAAUUUUGUGCUUCAAUCACUCUCAGCCUGGGUAUUUUUGAAGAAAACAUUUUACAUGUCUGUUUAAUUCUGAAAAAUCAAGCAAUUUUUCACAAAAUGAAAAUGAAGAACAUGAAGCGGCAGAGUUAUUUAAGCACAAAGUCGGUCGCAAAAUGUUUGGCUAUGACUGUAUUAUAAUUGAUUUAAUGUGAUUAUUGUGCCAAAGGGGUUCAGGUGGGGCUACCUUAUACGCUUGUUAGUAAAUUUGUGGUUUGAUAAAAAAAAAAAACAACAAAAAAAAAUGUAAAUGUUAAAGACUUUGUAUUGUAUUUUCAUAUGUUCAAUUUGAUCAUUAUGAUCCUUUUAUUGUAAAAGCAAUAGUUUCCAUACAUCUGAAUGGGUUCUCAAAUCACACUUCUGUAUUCUCUAGUGCACAAUUUGCAGGGAGUGUGCAUUGCAAAUGUGCUCAAAAGUGCUCAAGGCCUCUGUUACUUAUUCUAAUCCCUGAUCUCACCCAUAGCUAAUGUGUGAGAUACAGUAGAUAGAGGUGCUGUGCCAUUUGUUGGCUGCACUUGGAUGGGAUUCUUUCAAGAUGUACAUUAGUUCCACAUGUGCAAUUGUAUUCCGGUAAUUGCUACUUAGAGUAUUUACUAUAUGAGCUAACUGGGUUUAAGAUGAGGAUUUGGAAAUUAAGCUAGAAGCAAGGAAAAAAUAGAAUUGUUCACGUAAUAUAAUAAGCCUGUGCAUCAUUACGACUAUUCUGUUACUUUGCACAAAAGCAGAUUGAUUUAACAUUUAACCAGUGCAGUUGCGGUGUUAUUUGGGAGGAGCUAGUUUACAGCCUGCUUCUACUAACUGUGUUUAUGACGAUGGAGAGAACGGAGUGCUCGCUUCAGCACUUCGCCUGCACGUUAUCAGCCCCUCGGGUGGAACCCCACGUUAUAUGUGCUGCCUCAGCAGACAAAGACAGGAUCAGUUUAUUUUCUACAAGGACUUAGUGGUGUGUCAUUAGCCUAGAGGAUGUGGCGAAGACAGUUUAGUGUAAAUCAUUACUAGUCAAGCUACAGUAAGAUUGCAAACAUUUACUGUUUAGUUAUAUAUGGAUGGAUGGAUAUGCAGUGGUGCCUCGGUAUUCAUUAUUAAUUCAUUCCAAAAACUCAAAUGUAUGAAAACCGGGGCAAUUUUUUCCCAACAACAAGAAACCUCAAAUAGAACCACCGAAUGGGACCGAGACAGUGUACGAAAACUGAGGCAAAAUUUUGAAAGAAAUGAGGGAAAUACAUGUUUUCACCAAAAUACAAGUGAAAGACUUGCUUGCCAGACAUACGAUCCCGAGGCGAUGCUGUUGCAUGACUUGUUUUUGUAACGGCACUCCAAAGAAUUGGACUGAUAAUCCCUGCGCUGCAAAAUACUUUAAUCCAUCUGCUGAUCAGAGGGCGACGUCAUUUUUAACUUUUGAUCCCGUCUUUGCUUUUAGCUCAAUGCAUUGACGAUGAACAUGCUCCUGUGUGGUCAGGAGGGUGUGUCAUGAGGACCAGUGUUUCUUGUCAUUUCCUCAGUGAUAAACGAGAAAUGGUUGUUGGUCAUCUGAAGGUCAUUCAUGUCAGCUACUUUGCUGGAAUCUUCUUGAGGGAGAUGCCACAUUGUCGUGUCCCAGAGAGCGGGAUCUUGGUCUCAAAAAGGUUGGUGACCACCGGUCUAGGGAAUCCCAGGAGGUCUUUGCUUUGUGGUGGAGGAAGCCCAUUAGAUACGCUUAAACACAACUGCUGAAUGUUUACGUGUAAACCCCAGACCAGGCUAUUUUUUUCUUACCAGUUGGUGUAUGAUGGGACAUGUAGGUGCUUUGAAGACUGCUGGGAUGUUGGAAAUAUCCCAUCUGGGGUACAUCCUUGAAUCAGUGAGACAAACUCCUAUUUGUAUUACUCAACAGUUUUAUCUGGUAGACUUGAUCAGUUUACGAAGCAACUUAUAAGAGAUGAUAUGGUGAUGUAUCUUCAUACCAAUUUUAACUCAGAGCUGGUUUCGUUAAAAGUAUCUAAUAUAAAAAAUACAGCUCAUAUAGUCUUUUCUUACGUUUGAAGAGAUGUCAAAUUAUUGCAUCACCGUGAAUUCGGUAUUGCUGGGUUGCAGUCAUCGCCCGCUCAAACGCUUGGGGCUCAAACAAGCGUAUUUGUAGCUAGAUGUCAAGUGAAGUCAGAGCGAAAAUGCUGCUAGUACUCACAUGUGGAAAUUGUUCGACUAGGGAUUUCGGAAAAGGUUAUGACUAAGCCAAUCCAUCAUAAAGGGAAAAGGUUCAAGAAACAAAAACACUGUUGAACGUGUCUGUCUCGUUGACUGGAGCCGACCCAGUAUGAACACGCACCAGUUUGCAGUGACCAACGACAAGCAAAAUCUACGCUAAAAUAAAUGUUAAUUGAAAUGUAUUAAAAUAUCGUUGGAAUUCCAAAAUGCUCCUGAAAAUGGGAAAUGCAGGCAGAAUUGCCUCACAAAAGAAAACUAUAGAUUCAUCAUUUUUUCUUACCGCUUCAUCUAAAAACUGUAUACGUGCCCAAUUAUUCAAUAAACACCAUAAAUAUAUCGCCAACAUUACAAAGCCUGCUUUGUUGCAUGAAAAUAAGAGAAAGUAAGUAAAAAAGCCUGCACCAGCUAUAAUUGAACCCGAAACAUGUCAACUUCAGGCAACAGGGAAGGAACUUAACAGGGUAGCAAUUGUUCUGCUCAAAGCUAGUUAAUGUUCAUAUGUGCUACUCGCACAUGGACAAACACUGCAGCAAAACGAUGAUGGGCACGUACAAGAAUGUAUUUAUGCAGGCUGGUUUGGUGUAAGAACACAGACAUGUUAGAAGCGCUGUGUUGGUCUUCUACCUUCGUUAUAUCUGACUCGGAAGAUAAGCGUUCACGGCUGUUUGAUUGGCUUGUUUUCAACUAUUCCACGUCUUUACGCAACACACCAUGCACACUCACAGAAUUGGAACAAAAUUAUUUCAACGGCAUGCACUGUUCUUCUCUUUAAUCUGACAAACAUUAUACAAAAAUACUGGGUGUGUAUUUUGUCAUAUUGAAUGUUUGCCCUCUCUAGCAAGACCCGGGAGUGAACUGCAACGUUCCAAUGCACUUUUAGUUACAUGUUAGGCAUUUCCAACUUCCUCACUCUCUGGAUUGAAUCUUUUUAUCUCAAAAGUCAUGAAUCUUUUCUCAGCCCCCCCAUCCCCCCAGCGCUCUUCCUGCCCCUUCAAAAGGUUUAAGCAGUGUUUCAACCAAGGCUGACUUUAAGAAUUGCCGUGUGCAGAUGUAAGCAGGACUGUAUUGGAUUCGAAGCACAGGAAAAAGACAUGUACAUAGAAAGACUCAAUAGAUACUGGCAUAGCAUUGUCCUCAUUAUUAAGUAAGUAAAGACUGGCUACAUGUUUGAGUUUGCUCGAGGCACGUUGAGCGCAAUCCAGGGCUGAGGUGGCGACACCUAGAUGUCUUAAAUAAUAAUAGUAUUGGUUGUCUGGUGCUGCUGAACGGAAUGUGGCUUCUAACUAGAUAAAGAAGAUUUCUUUGUUGUGGUUCAUUCUUCAUUAUUAUCGUGUGUUAUAAUACAUUACAUUAUGCUUUGGAUUUAUGACAGGCAUUAGACAAGCGGCUUGAGGAGAGUGCAAGUUAUUCUUUGACAUACAGCCUCCACUACUGUGUGUUCAUGGUGUAUGAAGUAAUUUAGUUAAGUAAUGCCUCUGUUGUAAACCAAGGUUUUCAACCAAAAGGAGCUGUGAAAUGACACCAUAAGGCGUAACACACACACACACACACACACACACGAUUUCAAUUUGAAUUUGUGUGACAGUGGAGCGACUAAAUAAUACAAAUAUGAACGUUGCCUUCAGAAGAGAUGUUUACAUUCACGCUGCUCACGAGAGCUAAUCAAAUCCAUCACAGGUAAUCAAGGCAUUCAUUUCUAGCGACAUUUUUACAUUUUUACAGGCUUGUCAGCAAAUGUUUCUUUUUUGCAACACUGACGCUGAAGGUCUGGACGGAGAGAAGCACGCAGCUCAUCUCCAUUUAAAUGAAGUGGCUGUGUUGUGUUUCACUCUCCUUGCAGCCCACGCUGAUCACACCGAGCAGUUAGCAGGGACUUGAUUUUGGUGAAGUGGAAUAAUGGUUGGUUAGCAAAUGUUACUUGAAGAAACGCACCGGAGUUUAAAUGCUAAGUGUGCAGAAGGUUAUCACGUUCAGCGCCGGACCAAAACGACUGUUACUGAAAUGAACGGUAAUAACGACUGCAUCCUCUUUGUUUAUUUUCAUUUUGACAACAGCGUGUUUUUCUUUUGGUUUCCUUGAGAGUGUGUGCCAAUUUUCAGCCCCCCGCCCCUUCCCACCACCGCCUCAUUUGAAGUGCUUCUGUAUUUCUUAUCUGGAAUUUUGAAGUGUAUGGAGCAAGAUCUACGAACCAUCCGCUGUGACAACUGAUGUAAAUUUUCAUAAACGAUUCACUUGUUGUACAUGUACUAAAGACUAUUUACAUCCAUUGUUUAUUUGAGGAAAUCUUAUAUCGUUUCCGCCAUUUGAUAUUGUGUGGAUUCCUUUUUAUGAACUUUUUUAAGCGGUGUCAUUUUGAUUUCAGUUUCUUUUUUCUUUUUUUUAUGUUGCAAAUGUAGAAUGUAACUUCAAACUAAAAUAUCUGUGAUAAUGAAAAGAUGGAUUUAUAUUGAAAUAUUUGGUUAUCUAUUUCCUAUAUCCCCUCAGAUUUGUAAAAGUGUGAAGAUUAUAUGGUUGUAGUAUGGAAAAUGCAGUAUAUUUCUAAGUGGCUUUGUAGAGGGCAUUGAUCACAGGGUUGUGCGGGGAGCGGUGUUUGUUUUGGUUCUAUUUUACAUUUUUAGAGGUAAACUUGCUUUAGAAUGUUCUUAAAUACUCCAAACUGAGAUAAAGUCCAUUUACUCAGAGAAUAAAUUGUCCUCAGAUUGUGUUGCGUUGUCCAAAUUGUGUUCCUCCUGCACCGAUGCCUUCUGCACACAUCACAACAGACCCGGCAGG